AUGUAUACAAAUGAUACCCUCCAGAGCCUAUUCGCAUCCGGGAAUGACUCUGCAUCCCAGUUUGGGGGAAACUUCAGGACACCUGCGAAAGUAAAACGGAAGGUGAUCCCGAAAGAUUCAGGGAGCGCUACGCGUUACAAUCCGGGAAGAGCACAGCAAGGCUUUGGUGGCCUCACUCCAAAGACACCGGCAUCAGCCAGACAGUCUGAUCAUCUCGGCCAUGGGGAAGUCCCUCUCAGCGCCGGUCCGUUGUCAUUUGCGACACUUGCGGGAUCGCCCAUCACGCCAACGGCCGCGCGACCCUCUGGCAUCAGUGGGCCAUCACCUAGCGCCAUCAAAUUCGCGGACCGAUUGAAUAAGGCAAAGAUCGAAGAAACACUCAACCCGCAUAUCCCCAUGGAGAGUGCCGGUGAAGACGAAACAGUGCCAUGCGAGGUAUCCCUCGUACCGGGACAGCAAACCGGCGGGUACAGAUAUAUGUACGAGAAACUGAUGGAGAAGGGCGACUAUCUGGAUGAACGAAUCCACAACUUUGCGGAAAUCAUCGGCGAGGCUGUGCGAGACACGCUUCCCGAAAAGGACCGAGACGACUUCUGCAUGCAACACCCAGGCGUGCCCAAGCAAGAGCCCAUCUUCACCGUCGGCCGGAUCUGCUCGGACACGGUGGCGGAGAACGCCAAGCUAAACGAACAAUCUGUGGUACUGGAAUCGUCGCGUGGGAUCGGGUCAGGCUGUCGCGUCAAGAUGAACGUCAGCGAUGUGCCCGAAUACUCGCUCUUCCCCGGUCAGAUCAUUGGCGUGCACGGCAUGAACCCCAGCGGGCAUUGCAUCGAUGCCUCAAGACUCCUGCUCCCACCGCUCCCUGCCAAACCGGCAUCGACUCCGUCGCAGCUUGCCGCGUACUAUCCACCCGGCUCCGCAGCCGCUAAACGACCGAUCAACAUCUUCAUCGCCAACGGCCCGUACACCUUGGACGACAGUCUCAAUUUUGAGCCCCUGGAAGAGCUCACAGCCCAGAUCGAGAAGGAGAAGCCGGAGGUCGUCAUCCUCCAAGGACCCUUCGUCGACGCCGAGCACCCGAUGAUAGCCGCCGGCGACAUCGAUGAAGAGCUCGACGAUCUGUUCAAAUCACGCGUCGCUCCCCGCAUCGAGCGCAUCUCGCAAGCACGCGGUCAUCACGGAACCGUUCAAGUCAUCCUCAUCCCAUCCACCCGAGAUGCAUGCUCGGAAUGGGUAUCCUUCCCACAACCAGCCCUCGCGGCGGCCCUGGACGAACGAGCGGCUCUGGAACGGAGAGCGGCAUUGGGCAUCCCGGCCCGGGUCCUCCUGUUCCCCAACCCGGUCCAGUUCACCAUCAACGAAGUUGUGUUUGCGUGUUGCUCGACCGACGUGUUGUGGCAGAUGGCGUCUGAGGAGCCGAAUAGCCGCCACCCACCAUCGCAACAACAGCACCAACAGCGAUCAGACCAACCCCCCAUCGCCCCCCACAAACUCGCCCGCCUGUUCACCCACCUCCUCACCCAACGCACCUUCUACCCCCUCUUCCCCCCACCCCUCAACAACGCCUCGCUCGACCUCUCCCGCCACGCCGCGCUGGACCUGCAAGCCGUCCCCGACGUGCUCAUCGUCGCCAGCAGGCUGCAGUACACCGCGCGCGUCGUCGACGGGUGCGUGUGUGUCAACCCGGGGUGGGCGAGCAAAGGCCGCACGGGCGGCACGUUUGCGAGGGUGUGUGUGUGGCCGUUGGAUAUGCAGCGCGUGGAAGAGGCGAUGGAGGACGUGGUGGUGGCCCAUGCGGUCGAUGAGAGGUGUAGGGUGGAGAUAAGGAGGAUUUGA